UGUUGUUCAGUGCGGGGCUUGAUUGAGGAGACUUAGUGUCUGUGGCCAUCGGGUCGGCUCGACGUGCCUCUCGUCCCAGUGUUCAGGAAGAGCUAAAGAUGGCUGAAUCUCUAGAUGACCAGGAUACUCAACUAUGUGACAACUGCAAAAAAGAAAUUCCUGUGUUUAACUUUACCAUUCAUGAGAUCCACUGUCAAAGGAACAUUGGUAUGUGUCUUAUCUGCAAGGAACCAUUUCCCAAAUCUGACAUGGAGACUCACAUGGCUACAGAACACUGUCAGGUGACCUGCAGAUGUAACAAGAAGUUGGAGAAGAGGCAGUUAAAGCAGCAUGAGGAGUCUGAGUGCCCUCUGCGGCUUGCUGUCUGCCAACACUGUGAUUUGGAACUUUCUGUUCUCAAACUGAAGGAACAUGAAGAUUAUUGUGGUGCCCGGACGGAACUAUGUGGCAAUUGUGGGCGCAAUGUCCUUGUGAAAGAUCUGAAGACUCACCCUGAAGUUUGUGGGAGAGAGGGGGAGGAAAAGAGAAAUGAGGUUGCCGUACCUCUUAAUGCAUAUGAUGAGUCUUGGGGUCAAGAUGGAAUCAGGAUUGCAUCCCAACUCCUCAGACAAAUUGAGGCUCUGGACCCACCCACAAGGAUACGCCAAAGGCCCCUAAGAGCCUUUGAAUCAGAUCUUUUCCACAAUAGAACUAACAACCAAAGGAACAUGACUGCCCAGUUUCCAAUUCAGAAUAAUCUAUUUGAAGAACAAGAAAGGCAGGAAAGGAAUAGAAGCAGACAGCCUUGCAAAGAGGGUGGUGAAGAUAGUGCAAACUUGGACUUCAUGUUGGCUCUAAGUCUGCAAAACGAAGGCCAAGCCUCCAGGGUGGCGGAGCAAGACUUCUGGAGGGCCGUAUGUGAGGCAGACCAGUCUCAUCGCGGUCCCAGUUCUCUGAGUGACAUAAAGGGUGCAGCUGACAAGACCAUGUUGCCUUGUGAAUUUUGUGAGGAACUCUACCCAGAGGAACUGCUGAUUGACCAUCAGACAAGCUGUAACCCUUCAUGUGCCUUACCUUCGCUCAGUACUGGCAGCUCUUCCCCCAGAGGGGUGGAGGACCCUGAUGUCAUCUUCCAGAACUUUCUGCAGCAGGCUACAAGUAACCAGUUAGACUCUUUGAUGGGCCUGAACAACUCACCCUCUGUGGAGGACAGCAUCAUCAUCCCCUGUGAAUUCUGUGGGGUACAGCUUGAAGAGGAGGUGCUGUUCCAUCACCAGGACCAGUGUGACCAGCGCCCAGCCACAGCAAACAACCAUGUGAUGGAGGGGAUUCCUAGUCAGGAUUUCCAGCCUCGAGAUACCUCACCAGAGCUGCCCAGGAGGCGUGUCAGACACCAGGGAGACCUGUCCUCUGGGUACAUGGAUGAUAUCAAGCAGGAAACAGCUAAAGGACCCACCUACUCUCUGCCCCCCAGCAGACCCAUUAACAACAUGAUAGCUACCUGUAACCGACUGUCAAAAUCAACAUCAGGCCCCAGACUUGGGUGCCAGCCCAGCCUUCCUCAUGUACUGAAGCUCAGCAAUUCAGACAGCCAGGACAUCAGGGGGCAGAGCCGAAACAGCCAGAAUGGGGCCAUGGCCACAGGGCCUGUCCCAGUGAUUCACCCCAUUCAAAAUCUCUACCCAGAAAACCUUGUGACCUCUUUCCCCCAUGGGCCUGCAGGGAGAUAUGGAGCUAGUGGUAGGAGUGAAAGUGGCAGGAGCUCCCGGGUCACCCCUGCAGCUGCCAACUACCACAACAUAACUUCAAAGGCAAAGCCCUCCAAGCAACAGGGAACUGGGGAUGCAGAAGAGGAAGAGGAGGAGGAGGAGUGAUGCCUCCAAAGACCCUUCACAUUGGUUUCUACCUUCUAUGCACAGCAGCACUUGCCGCAGUGCAGGCCCUGCCUCUCUGGUUCUUUGGGCAAGGGAGAUUUUUUUGAUUUUAACUUUUUCUAGGUUAUGGCCAUUUUGUGUCUUCUGAGAUUGUGCUGUGGGAAUUUGUGGGUUUGUGGGAGGGUUAGCAGAGAGGCUGCUAAGAAAUGUUUCAGCCUUAGCUGCCACAUUUUGGCAGCAGUGAAAUAAAAGUUAUGGCUUCUUGGCCCACCAGGGCUCCAUUUUUUGACAUACUGUCACCACUGCUUCUUGGUGCUGUGUGGUCCUGGUGGAUGGAGGGGAGGGUUCUGGAAACCUGAUACGCAUGUGAAGUGAUUCUCUUCCCUGUGGGGGCUUAAAUUGGGGGGCUUUUGGGUUACCUCUCCUGUGUACUGCCCUGACUACUUUAGGCUCUGGGCUUCCGCUGUGUGUGGAGGAGCUCUGGUAAAGUGCUCAGGGCAGUUGCAAUGUAUGUUAGGAAUGAGGCUUUUGGAGAUGAGUUGAGCUGGAGGUGAGUGGACUAGGGGUGAUAUUUUAAGCUAUUUCCUUGGCAUUUGGCAUCACUGCCUUCUGUUUCUGGUGGGGAGAUGGCUCCUUGGUCUUCACUGCCCUCUACUGGAGAGGGCUGAGGGCUAACCAGGGCCAUACUGGGCUCUGCCCUCAUCAGGGCUGAGGCCUCAGUCCCAGACUUGCUCUGAAAAUUGUGUCAGAGUCCCUUCCCCCUCUUUUUAAUUUUACUAUUACAGUCAUUAUUAUUAAAUUCCUUGUAAUAGAAAUAAAGUUUGUACUUGGAGUUCA